AUGCCACCCGGGAUCUCAAUAUUCAAGUCGGAAAAUCUAGAGGAAUGGCAAAUGGACAUCAAAGUCCUCGACGACAACCCUCUCUACCAAAACGAGACCUAUCGAUUAAAGUUCACGUUUAGCUCCAAGUACCCGAUUGAACCCCCAGAAGUCCAAUUCAUCGAGUCGCCCAAAACAUCUGACGCCCCGCGUCCGAUCCCCAUCCACCCCCAUAUAUAUAGCAACGGCAUCAUCUGUCUCGAUCUCCUCAGCGCGGCCGGCUGGUCACCCGUCCAGACGGUCGAGAGUGUCUGCAUGAGCAUCCAGAGCAUGCUCACCGCUAACGCGCGCAACGAACGACCCCCCGGCGAUAGGGAAUUCGUGUCCCAUAAUCGACGGAGGCCACGCGACAUCAACUUCAUGUACGAUGAUGAUAACGUCUAG